UUUGCUGUCUCCUUUGUUCGCCCUCGUUGCGCAGUAGUGCGAGCGGCUUCUCGCUUCCUUUUUCGGGACCGACCACCCUCCAGCGUGCUGAGCUGCUAGGAAGCCGCCGUCGGCGAGCUCGUAGGAGCUUGAAACCGUCGUCACCCCUCCGACUUUCACCAGAGGGAAAAAAUGGUUGAAGCAGAUCGCCCAGGAAAGCUCUUCAUCGGUGGCCUCAAUACAGAAACAAAUGAGAAAGCUCUUGAAGCAGUGUUUGGCAAAUAUGGACGAAUAGUGGAAGUUCUCUUGAUGAAAGAUCGUGAAACCAACAAAUCGAGAGGAUUUGCUUUUGUCACCUUUGAAAGCCCAGCAGAUGCUAAGGAUGCAGCUAGAGACAUGAAUGGAAAGUCCUUAGAGGGAAAAGCCAUCAAGGUAGAACAAGCCACUAAACCAUCAUUUGAAAGUGGUAGACGUGGACCACCUCCACCUCCAAGAAGCAGAGGCCCUCCAAGAGGCCUUAGAGGCGGAAGAGGAGGAAGUGGAGGAACCAGGGGACCUCCCUCACGUGGAGGGCACAUGGACGAUGGUGGCUAUUCCAUGAAUUUUAACAUGAGUUCUUCCAGGGGACCACUUCCAGUAAAAAGAGGACCACCGCCACGAAGUGGGGGUCCUCCUCCUAAAAGAUCUGCCCCUUCAGGACCAGUUCGCAGCAGCAGUGGAAUGGGAGGAAGAGCUCCUGUAUCACGUGGAAGAGAUAGUUAUGGAGGUCCACCUCGAAGGGAACCCCUGCCCUCUCGUAGAGAUGUCUAUUUGUCCCCAAGAGAUGAUGGAUAUUCUACUAAAGACAGCUAUUCAAGCAGAGAUUACCCAAGUUCUCGUGAUACAAGAGAUUAUGCACCACCACCAAGAGAUUAUACUUACCGUGAUUAUGGUCAUUCCAGUUCACGUGAUGACUAUCCAUCAAGAGGCUAUAGUGAUAGAGAUGGCUAUGGUCGUGAUCGUGACUAUUCAGAUCAUCCAAGUGGAGGUUCCUACAGAGAUUCAUAUGAGAGUUAUGGUAACUCACGUAGUGCUCCACCUACACGAGGGCCCCCGCCAUCUUAUGGUGGAAGCAGUCGCUAUGAUGAUUACAGCAGCUCACGUGACGGAUAUGGUGGAAGUCGAGACAGUUACUCAAGCAGCCGAAGUGAUCUCUACUCAAGUGGUCGUGAUCGGGUUGGCAGACAAGAAAGAGGGCUUCCCCCUUCUAUGGAAAGGGGGUACCCUCCUCCACGAGAUUCCUACAGCAGUUCAAGCCGCGGAGCACCAAGAGGUGGUGGCCGUGGAGGAAGCCGAUCUGAUAGAGGGGGAGGCAGAAGCAGAUAUUAAAAACAAACAAAACUUUGGACCAAAAUCCCUGUUCAAAGAAACAAACAAAAGUGGAACCUAUUCUAUCAUAACUACCCAAGGACUACUAAAAGGAAAGAUUGUGUUACCUUUUUUAAAUUUCCUGUUAAGUUCCCCUUCCAUAAUUUUUAUGUUCUUGUGAGGAAAAAGAGUAAAACAUGUUUAAUCUUUGAUUUUAUGACAUUGCUUUCAACAAGCAAAUGUUAAGUGUGUUAAGACUUGACAUGUGUACUAGUAUUGUAAUUUUCCAAGUAAAAGUGUCCCUAAAGGCCACUUUUCUAUAAGAUUUUCCCCAGUAAAUGAUGAGGCAAGCAAUUCUAAGAUCUUUCACAAAAUAUCUAUUCAUCUAAAAUGGAGAGAUGAAUCCUCCUGCCUGUACAAACAAGCUAGCUAUUAGAGGGUGGUCGGGGUAUGCUACUCUUAGGAUUUCAGAGUGUCUUCAAACUGAAAUCUCAAUGUUCUCAGUAUGAAAAACCUGAGAUCAGAUGCUUAUAUUGUAAGGAAAAUGCUAUUCGCCCAGUAAACCCAAAAAAGCAAAUGGAUAAUGCUGGCCAUAUUUUGCUUUUCUGACAUUUCCUUGGGAAUCUACAAGAACCUCCCCUUUUCCCCUCCCCAAUAAGACCAUUUAAGUGUGUGUUAAGCAACUACAGAAUACUAAAUAAAAAGUUUGGCCAAAACCAACCAUGAAGCUGCAAACGAUGCUUGCUCUUACUGUUUCAAAUUUUUGCAACUCUGUAGUGUCUCACUUUUAAGGAACAGCUUGAUUGCAAAGGAGAAAAUAGAUAAGCAAUGAAGUUAUCUCCAACUUCUCAAAGGCUUAUGACUUCUAAAAAGUGAAUCUAUCAGCAUUCCACAUCAGAUUUAAAGCAUCAAAUGCCUGUGAAACAGCAAAGAUGGUUGAGAAUUUUGGUCAUGGUCAUGAUGGUCAUGGAGUGCUGAUUGAUUCACAAUAGAUAAGCUGGCAGCAAGAGAAAUGCAAUGCUAAGAGUUGUUGAAGCAGAAGAAUGCUGAUUGUCCUUAAGGCACAACAGUUGCAUAAGCAGUACUCAUCAGAAUUGGUUUGGUGCAGUCAAGAUUUUUGCCUUCCAGGGUUCCUGUGGAUCUAAGGAAGGCAUCAACGUUGGUUAGCACUUUUAACUAGGGAGUGGCAGUUACUUAAAAAGUAAUUGACCAGAUGGAGAAAGGGGAGCAAUUAAAGAAAUUGGUAAGUGGAGGUAGUCAGGAAGUUUUCAUGGUUCUUCAUGUAGAUUUUACAGCUUUGACUUUCAUUUCCUUUAGCCAAAGUCAUAGGGACAACUGCAAUUUAGAACUUCCUAAUUACCACUGAUUGUCAGAAAGUCGGAUUAGAAAAAUGAAAGGCAUAAGAGGUGACUUUAUCCAGUAAAGUGUCUGGUUUUCAGCAGGUAAAAUAUUUCUUUGUGUUAGUUUAUCCAGGAGUGAGAGAUUUAGUCUU